GUGAGCAGCUGCGUGGUGCGUGCGUGUGUGUGGGGAGGCGGCAGCGCGGCUUGGUCGCGGGCAGCGGCCAUGAGCAAAAGGAACCAGGUCUCCUACGUGCGGCCGGCCGAGCCCGCCUUUCUCAGCCGCUUCAAGCGGCAGGUCGGGUAUCGGGAGGGGCCCACGGUGGAAACCAAGAGAGAGCAGCUUCCACUUGCAGAUGGUGAUAGUGAGAACGGCAGUGACAACGAAGAUGAGCAGCCUCAAGUGGUAACACUGAAAAAAGGGGACUUGACUGCUGAAGAAGCAAUGAAAAUUAAACAGCAAAUCAAAGAGGCCUUAAAGUCAAAUGAAUCAGAUGGUGAACCAGAGCCUGCUGAUGGAAAAAUUAUGUUCAGGAAGCCAGCCAAACGUUCAUCAGAGAAGUUUUUGGACUUCAAUGUAAGUUCAAGUAAGAAGAUGAAAGAGGCAAAGAAAACUAAGAGAGAAGCAACUACUCCUCAGAGUACAGCUAAGCAAAUAAAAAAUAGCAGUCUUCUCUCAUUUGAUGAUGAGGAAAAUGAUGAUUAGGAGUUGUAUUUUUUUAUAUUUUACUUACCCUUCUAGGGAUCUGAGUACGACUGAAGGUUUUCCUAGAACUUGAAGCAUGGUAUCUGAGUCUUCUCUUACUUUGUUAUAGUCCAACUAGAGAAACAUAGUAUAAAACUAGCAAGAGCUAAGUCUUUGCAGUUCAGAUGGAACUGUAGGAACAAUAUGUCCUGUCUUUAUUUUAAAAGAGAAUUUAACCAUGUAUAUAAAAGCUAUUUGAGGUCACAAAUGAGUAGCAAAAUACACCUGUACAUAUCCAGUUUAUAUAAAUUUUCAAUCAGUACAUUUGAAAACAUCCUCUGUUACUAAAAACACAUUUCCUCUCUAUUUGUUGGCCUUAUUUGACAGUUGUGUGGGUUUUACCUGUUAUUGUUGACUUGACAUUCAAAAGAGAGAGACUUCAUUGCUGUGGAACAGAGACUGAAGUUUUCUGUCUCAUAGCUUAACAGAAGUUUGCACAACUUUUGUACAUGUGGAUUGGCAGAUUAGCUCUUCGCAGAGCACUUGCAGUAAGUGAGCCUGCAGUUGCUAAAAUCAUCUAGUCUUAAUCCUGUCUUUGGUGAAUCCAAUCUAAGAAGCAUCAAAUUCAUUUGAAUUGAUUGUGCUAGCAAGAUAUAAAAAUUUUGAUUGCAGUUGAUAGUAUCAAUUAAUGCAAAAGAAAGAUGCCUAAACCCUUGGAGAUUGUGCACUUUGGUUAUCAUUAUGAUGAGGUCAGUAUUUUGGUGGUGGUUUUAUUUUUUUUUUUUAAGUAUAUUUGUUCUGGUUGGCUACCUAUGUGUUCAUAAUUAUUUGGGAUCUCAAACAGUGUAUUUUUAAAAAAUGGUUUCAUCUUUAAGCUGUGGAAAAGCAUUAUUUUGGUUUUCUUCAAGUAGGAAAUUGUAAACAGGAAAUUUAAGUCAAGAAAUGUUAUAGCUGUGAUACAAAGUUUUAAAAUUUUUCAGUUGCCCAUGUACAGUACACUGAAAGUGACCAUUUCUGUACCAUUUAUGUAACAGAAUGUGCUGAAAUUCAAAAUAACACUGAGAGCUGAUGGGAUUGGGGAGAACAAGGUGGUGAAAUGGGACUAGUGACUUUGAAAUUAUUUGGAAGUAUGGUGUGUUCUGUAACCAUAUAUAAGGAAGACCUGAGACUGCUGCAGAAUUACAGGUUAUGAGGCAAUGAAACCAGUUCUUCUGCUGUGUGACAGGACAUCCGACAUAAUUUGGGCUGUAAAGCUUCAUUGAGGAGCAAAUUUGAAGUUGCUGUCUGAAACAGCUGGUUUUAGUUUGUUAAUCUGGUAUUAAACAAUAAAUUAAGUUUUCUUUAAGUGGUCCAAAGAUAUUUUAAUGAAAAUUUCAGUACAUAAAAUGGGAUUUUUUUGUCACCUGUUAAUGGAGCUUCCUAUGACUGCUGCCUGUCUUCAUACUUACCAACUUCCUGCAGGAUAAGAUCAGAUGCAAGUCUGCAUACUAUUUCACACUAACUGUGCGAGUGCAUAUUACCCUGAUUUUGAAAAUGAAUAGAUCUGUUGUCCUUUCAGAAAAUUAAAACCAGACCUAUAAAUGGA